AAGAAGGAUAAGAUGAGAUAGAAUAAAUACAGUCACAGCACGUUAGGGCUCUUAUAUAAUUUACUUAAUGCUGAUUCUAACAAAGCUCUUGAAAGAAGUACUGUACAUGGACAUACCUUAUUGGCUUAUCAUUUGUGUAGAUCUAAAUAUAUACUGAUUAGCUAAAAGCUCAUCUGCUUGUCACAUCAUAUUGGAGGAUGGAACAGAGCGUGAGGAAGUUCACAGUUAGGAGAUUCUUCUCUGUAUAUUUGCACAAGAAAACCAGACCAAAGACCGCCAGCUUUAGUAGAUACGAGGAUGAUGGAAUAGUGAAGGAAAUAGAUAUCAGCCAUCAUGUGGAAGAAGGUUUUGAGAAAGCAGAUCCAUCUCAGUUUGAACUCUUAAAAGUUCUUGGGCAAGGAUCCUAUGGGAAGGUUUUUCUUGUACGUAAAAUGAAAGGUGCUGAUUCAGGACAGCUUUAUGCAAUGAAGGUUUUGAAAAAAGCUACUCUCAAAGUUAAUGACCGUGUGAGAUCAAAGAUGGAAAGAGACAUCUUGGCAGAGGUCAACCAUCCAUUCAUAGUCAAACUUCAUUAUGCAUUUCAAACAGAAGGAAAGUUGUAUUUAAUAUUAACAUUUCUACGAGGUGGAGAUCUGUUUAGUAGACUCUCUAAAGAGGUUAUGUUUACAGAAGAGGAUGUCAAAUUUUAUCUAGCUGAAUUAGCACUGGCAUUAGAUCAUCUUCACAGUUUUGGCAUUAUUUAUAGAGAUCUAAAACCCGAAAAUAUUCUUCUAGAUGAUGAAGGACACAUCAAAGUCACAGAUUUUGGGUUGAGCAAAGAGUCUAUUGACCAUGACAAAAGAGCAUAUUCAUUCUGUGGAACAAUAGAAUAUAUGGCACCUGAAGUGGUCAGUCGGAAGGGACACACACAGAGUGCUGACUGGUGGUCAUUUGGCGUUCUCAUGUUUGAAAUGUUGACUGGAACCCUACCGUUUCAAGGAAAAGAUAGAAAAGACACUAUGUCACUUAUUUUAAAAUCCAAACUUGGAAUGCCUCAAUUUCUAAGCUGUGAAGCCCAAUGUCUUCUCCGUUCUCUUUUCAAGAGGAAUCCCAUUAACAGACUGGGCGCAGGACUUGAUGGAGUUGAAGAAAUAAAGCGCCAUUCAUUUUUUCUAACAUUAGACUGGAAUAAAUUAUUCAGAAAAGAAGUCAAGCCUCCUUUUAAGCCAGCAGUGGGACGGCCUGAUGACACUUUCCAUUUUGAUCCAGAGUUCACAUCAAGGACACCGAUUGACUCUCCGGGAAUGCCUCCAAGUGCAAACACAUGUAAUCUAUUCAGAGGAUUCAGCUUCGUAGCAUCUAAUCUGGAAUAUACUCAACAUGAUUUACGCAAUUAUUCAGUCAAUCCAAUAGUGCAGCAAUUACAUGGCAAUAAUGUUCAGUUCACUGAUGGCUAUGCAAUCAAGAAAAUCAUAGGCAGUGGUACCUUUUCCAUAUGUAAGCAGUGUGUGCAUAAAUCCACUAACACAGAGUUUGCAGUCAAGAUAAUUGAUAAAAGCAAGAGGGAUCCGUCAGAGGAAAUAGAAAUUCUUCUGAGAUAUGGACAACAUCCAAACAUCAUUACUUUAAAGGAUGUCUAUGAUGAUGGAAAGUAUGUCUACCUGGUGAUGGAGCUAAUGAGAGGAGGAGAACUUCUGGACAAAAUACUUAGUGAGAAAUAUUUUUCAGAGCGAGAAGCAAGUGAUGUGCUUUACGUUAUAACUAAGACUGUGGAUUACCUCCACACACAAGGGGUUGUCCAUCGGGAUUUAAAGCCCAGUAAUAUUCUCUAUAUGGAUGAGUCUGGGGACCCCGAAUCUAUCAGAAUUUGUGAUUUUGGCUUUGCAAAACAAUUAAGAGCAGAAAACGGACUGCUUAUGACUCCUUGCUAUACAGCCAAUUUUGUGGCACCUGAAGUUCUGAAACGUCAAGGUUAUGAUGCAGCAUGUGACAUCUGGAGCUUAGGUAUUCUGCUUUACACCAUGAUUGCAGGCUUUACUCCUUUUGCAAAUGGGUCAGAAGACACACCAGAGGAGAUACUAGCAAGAAUAGGAAGCGGAAAAUAUGCUCUCACAGGCGGAAACUGGGAUUCUGUAUCUGAUGCUGCCAAGGACCUUGUGUCUAAAAUGCUUCAUGUAGAUCCCCAUCAGCGUCUGACUGCAUCUCAAGUCUUGCACCACCCUUGGAUUGUGAGCAAAGACUAUUUGUCACAAGAUCAACUAAGCCGUCAUGAUUUCCACCUUGUGAAGGCUGCAGUGGAAGCUACAUAUUAUGCAUUGCACCAUAGGCCUCAAGCACCAAAACUGGAACCAGUGAAUUCUUCCAUUCUGGCUAAGAGGAGAAGCUUGAACAGAGUAACUUCUACACGAUUGUAGGGAUGUAAUAGUCAUAAACCUAUACCCCUUUCACAUCGCAAAAAUAACCUGGUAUCGACCCGGCAUAUUGUGAAAGGGCCCAUGGAGAAUUCUCGGGUGACCUGACCCUGUUAUUUCCGGGUUGAAUACUGGGUCAGUGGCAGAGUGAACGGGUUCCCAGGCUGGUGCGACCCAGGACCCGUUCACUACAUAGGGAGAGGCGGCGCGGAGUUGAGCUCAUUUACCAGUGACCCCUCCGUCCCAGCUGCCGGCUCUGCCCCCGCCGCUAUGCAACCCGACCCAGAAGACUGCUGUUAGGGUCCAAUGCCAGAACCUAUCUCGGAAGGACACGUUUUCAAUUCCAGGGUGGGAUCUGGCAAUGAAGAUGUGAAAGGGGUAUUACUGUAUCAUUUGUAGCCUCUGUAUUAGAAAUAAGCACAAAAAGUACCUUUAUAUGUGUCAGGAUAUUUUGUAUGAUUUACAGUAGUUAAAAAAGUUGUCUUAUUUACAACUGUUCAAAUGUGUUUGUUCCAGUUCACAAUGUGCCAAUAUACUCUGCUUCUCACCUAAAUGGAAAACCAGCAAGCUGUUAAAAUUGUCUGUUUAAAUUAAAGAAAGAGAAUCCAUUUGAUGUAAA